CUCUCUGUAAAAACCCCUAUAAAUCUCACUCCGAUUCUUCCUUACCACUCCGCAUAAUUUAACAUUAAUUCCAAGCAAGGACUGUUGAUGGAAACAACAGGAUUAGUCUAUGCUUUGUUAUUCUGAAAAUGUGCAACUAAAAGUGUAUUUAUGAGAUUUAAUAGUUUAAUUAAAGUUUAUCUGAGAUGGUAUAUGAUUGGCGGAAUUUGCGUUAAUUAAUUGAAGAAUCUUUUUUUUUUUGUCGUUAUUUUCUGUAAAUUUUAUGCAUACGUAGUGCAUCCUGAGAUGAUACCGGAAUCGGACGAUGAUUAUAAUGAGGAGCUCGUACAUGAUCCAGCUUACAGGUCUUAUUAUUACCAGAAUGGUGGUGGAGGUGAGUCCCUCUUUGCUAUGCAGCCGGGGUUUGGUGGUUUAGAAGAGGAGAAGGUACUGCAGGGGGAAUGGGGUGCUCAUGGAAUCAUUGGAUAUCCAGGCUUGGGUGUGGGGAAUAAGCAGAAGAGGAUUGCAAAUAUGGAUGGCGUAGGAUAUCCAACAACUGUUUCUAGACGUCCCUCUCUCGUGGCCAGCCAAUCUAAUGGAGAAUCUGAAUCCUCUGAGACACAUGUGGUUUUCCAUCACGAGUCAGCAUCAUUGAAUGCAUUGCAUUCUGGCACAAGUAUGCAAAGCACAUCUCAAAGUUAUGCCUCUGCUAUGGGUUCUUCACCAAGAAAUCUUACUCCUGACCUCGUCAGAUCUCCUAGUCCUCGCAUUUCUGCUCUAAGCGGUGAUAGAAUGAGCUCACUGGACCAGAGAUAUGUAAACAUUCAUGACUUAUAUAAUGAAAUUUCACCUGAGGUGGUGCCAUCUGCAGACAUCAUCACUUCUUUGUCAGGCUUGAGCCUAUCAUCAGGCACCAUGGGGGAUGUGAGGAAAUAUCAAAAACCUCAGAUGCAGGAUAGAGUUGAUGUCCACUCACAAAGGGAUGAUGUUCCCUUCAAACAAUAUCCUUAUUCAAAUGGCAUCUUGAAAGAAACAUCUAUGCCUACUUUGAAUUGUCUAGGAAGUUCAGCAUCCCACUAUCUCAACACUGCUAGUCUAAAUUUCUCCUCAUCAAACUUUGGUUUAGGUGGAUACCCUGCGUCACCGUUAGUCAUGGGCAAUCAAGUUGGUGACUCAAGAGCUUUAAGCGGCGGCUUACCAUUUGAAUCAGAUUUAUUUGUUGCAGCAGCUGAAGAGAACUAUGCUAGACUUGGAAAUCAAAGCACAUUGGACGCUUUUCCAAUGGCACAUACAGAUCCAUCAUAUCUCGAUUAUCUAAUAGCAAAUGGGUAUUCUUCUGUAGCUCUUGAUAAUCAACGAAUGCAUGUGGAAUCUCUAGCAAAUCCACCAGUAGAUUUUCUUGGGAAUCGAAAUGCUUACUUUGAAGCUUCGCUUAGGAGGUCACAGUAUGGAUCGGGUUUUGGGAAAUCAAGUACUAUGAACAAUGGUUUCCAUGGAAAUUAUGCAUUUGGUCUUGGCAUUCCUCAUCGUGGAAAUCAUAUUAGGUCUCCAAUGUUUCCAAACUGCCCCAUUGCAUCUGGUGGCUCUGACAGGAACGUGGAACAGAUUAUGUGUUUCCCAUCCACUUUAAGAAGCAUGGCUCACAGUUUUGGGGGACCAUGGCCUUCUGGACCUGGCUGUAAUUUGGAGGAAAGCUUUGCAGCUUCAUUGUUGGAUGAGUUUAAGGGAAACAAAACCAGGUGUCUUGACCUUGCAGAGAUUGCAGGUCAUGUUGUUGAGUUCAGUGCGGACCAGUUUGGAAGUCGUUUUAUUCAACAGAAACUUGAAACUGCCAGCGCACUAGAGAAGAACAUGAUUUUCCUUGAAAUUAUGCCUCAAGCUCUUCCCCUGAUGACAGAUGUGUUUGGUAACUAUGUAAUUCAGAAGUUUUUGGAACAUGGAAGUGCUUCGCAGAUUAGGCAACUGGCUGAGCAACUAAUUGGGCAUGUUCUGACCCUUAGUCUCCAAAUGUAUGGUUGUCGCGUCAUACAGAAGGCACUGGAGGUCAUUGAACUUGACCAGAAGAAAGAGAUGGUUGCAGAGCUUGACGGGCAUGUAUUGCACUGUGUGCGCGAUCAGAAUGGGAAUCAUGUCAUACAAAAAUGUAUUGAGUGUGUACCUGAAAAUUCCAUUGAGUUCAUUGUCACUACAUUUUAUGAUCAAGUUGUUACAUUGUCUACUCAUCCGUAUGGUUGUCGAGUAAUACAGAGAGUCAUGGAGCAUUGUGAUAGUCCCAAAACUCAGGCUGUAGUGAUGGAAGAGAUUAUGAAUUCUGUUUGUAUGUUAGCUCAGGAUCAAUAUGGAAAUUAUGUCAUUCAGCAUGUACUUGGACAUGGAAAGCCGUCUGAGAGAUCUGCUAUUAUUCACCAAUUAACUGGGAAGAUCGUAGAGAUGAGCCAGCAGAAGUUUGCUUCCAAUGUAAUAGAGAAAUGCUUAUCUUGUGGAACACAUGAAGAACGUCAGGCCCUGGUACAUGAGAUGCUUGGCAGCACUGAUGAAAAUGAGCCUCUCCAAGUAAUGAUGAAAGAUCAGUUUGCAAACUACGUUGUUCAGAAAGUGCUGGAGACGUGUGACGACCAGCAACUUGAACUCCUACUUAACCGAAUUAAAGUUCAUUUAAAUGCUCUUAAGAAAUAUACGUACGGGAAGCAUAUUGUUGCACGUGUAGAGAAACUUGUGGCUACCGGAGAGAGGAGGAUCAACGCCCUGUCUUCAUAUGCUGCUUAAGUGGAAUGAGGAAACUUUGUACAGACUGACGGAAGUGUUUGAAAUAAAUAAUGUUGUUUGUACUUCUGCAAUUGUACAUUCUUAGUUAUCAGAAUGUACUUAGAGUCAGGAGGCUUAGAUGGUAAUCUUGCUAGGUUACCUUCCGAUGAUAUAGGUUUUUGGUGCUAGUUGAGGGUGUAAAGACGAGGGGGUAACUGAAUGUGUUGUGAUCGUGACUGUACAAAUGUUGCCUUAUGCAGAGUUGUAGUAGUAAUAACUUAGGAGAGCCCCGUUUUUCUAUAUGUAUGGAUUCACAAUGCUUUGUUUUGAUUAGAAACUUUGUUCAAAA